ACAACCAGUUGUACUAGUUGUUUCGUCCCGUGAUCUUCCGGACCUUCAAGCUCAGUCUACAACUCAACAGAGUGCGGCUGUGCCACCUCCGCCACGUGCACCUUCAGUCAGGAUACUUGGUGAUAAUGCAGUGGAAUCGUCAGAGGAGGAGGAGGGAUCGAGCACUUCGGAAGAUGAUGGAGAAAAACGACCAAGUGAGGGCUUAGCUUUAGGUAUACAACAGCACCCUACAAUUAUAUCUACAACAAGUAAAAGUACAACUAAGCCUUCAAGAACAUCAUUGUCCUUGACAUUCGACGAGGAAGUGAGUGGGAGUGCUACCAAUAAAAACAGAAAGACGUGGUCUGGUGGCGCAUCUGCACAUCAAUCUACAACUAGCGGAAUGUCGAGCAGGCCUUACGGAGGAUCGAGUCGGCAAGACGACAGCAAAGGGCUUCUAGAGAGGUUGUUUAUCGCUGACCAGCAAGCAUCCGUUACGUUGGAGGCAAGAACUAUCGUUCGUCCUAAUUAAAAUUCUCGAUUGUUCCUUUCAACUUCAAGCAUUUACUGAUUGAUGAAGAUAUCCCAUCUCGUCACCUGGUCUUAAUCUGAUAUGCAUCCGUAUUUUCUAGUUCCGAGGAGGGCAGAUGGAUGGGAAUGAAUAGUAACCACAUAAUUGAGGACCGUCUUCUAAGUCCCUGAGGAGUGCAGGAGGACCUGAUGAAUCCGUCGCAGUGCCGUCACAGCUCUCAAGCGGCGUCUAUGAGGGCAGCCUGCGAGACACCAUGUCCGCGUUUAUUGCCGGGCAGUCUACCAUGAUGCGUCAAGACAGUAUGGCGAGGUUAACGAACCAGCUACUUCCACCUGGAUCUUCUCAGGCGGAAACCACUACUAAUAAACGCGAAAAGAGCCUCCUCCAACGCGUUGUCGAACGUCAGCAGACUGCAGUUGAUACUAGAACAAGUCGACGCUCUUCUAGUUCUAGCUCUGCUUCUCAACAAGAAGUUGUAGAUGAUGUUCUUGUGGCAGGAGAUGAACGAGAGAUGAAAAGCGAGAAAAGUGAAGUAGAUCAUGUUCUCGAAACGUCCACUCGGGAUUCGAUAUUGCGGGACUCAAAUCGCGCAAGCAGUAAUAUGAGGAAUUCGGCAACGAGUAGGAGGAGUACUUCGAGCAAUCAUCUUCAAUUAAGGCUUGAGGAAAUCCAUCUUUCCCAGCAUCCUGGUCCCGUUUCGUAGGGUCAAACGGGCACCAAGAUGCACUUCAAGAUGGAUUUCUGCUAGUUCUAAUUCAAGAUCUUCAUGCUGUAGUUGUUGCACCUCCAGGUCCAGGAGUAGAGGAAGUGGGCCGGGUCAUGCCAGAGAGUGAUCUGGAUGGUUCUGGCAAAGGCAAAAGCAAGGCAGCUGCUUUUGCAUCAAGUCGAACGGAGUCGCUUCUGAGGAUGACUCGACAAUUAUCAGCAGGAACACUGGA